AAGGUGCAAAAUGUAUUGAUCCAGGAAGUAUCACACGAUAUCGUGUUCAGUUGACAAUAAAACAAAACUAUAUUGCGGCCCUUGGAAGUACAGCCUCUAAAGAGUUUGGAGACUUGAAAGAAAGGAUAGAAAAAGCGUUGAAGACAGUAUUCGACAAAGCAGACAACAAAGAAUAUGUGAGAGUUGAAAUAAACAAAUUUAGCUCUGGAAGCGUUAUCGCAGAUAUGGACAUGUUAUUUAAAAAAGAAGAUGAAACUGGCAUCAGGGAGUUGAUAGCUGCUGUACGAAAUAACUCAUUUGGUGAUUUUGAUCUGGAUCGUGACGCUCUUCAAGUUGUUAUAACGGGUGCAUGUCCACCAUAUGGUCCUGACAUCUGCCCCGGAAAUUCAACAUGUGCAACGUUGACUGAGAGUACAAUAAAAUGCCCUUGCAUUAAAGAUUUUUACUUUGACGGUGUUAAAUGCAUAAGAAACGUCGUUGUAAAAGCUGCAAUAGUCUUAGAAAGGAAGUUUACCCCAUCGUUAAAGAACGAAAACUCAGAAGAAUAUAUAGAGUUGAAAGAGAAUAUUACGAAUAAGCUAACGGAGACUUUUAAAGAUACCCAAAACUUUGAACGCGUGGAAGUGACGGGAUUCAGGAACGGAUCUCUCGUAGUAGAAUUUAGGGUUAUUUACCGGAGAGAUCUAGAUACUAAUAAGAAAGUUGUCGUUGGCGAAACAUUGAGAGAGAAAAUUCUUAAGAACAAAAAACUCGGAGAGUACAAAGUUAAAGGCGAUAUAUUUAUAAAAGAACCACCCCCUCCACCAAAGAGCCUUAAUCAUUCCAAGGUCACCAAGAACAGAAUUGACAUUCGUUGGGAAAAACCUACAGCGAACGACUUUUUCAAAAUAUUUGGUUACAUAGUAAGCCACAAAGAAAAGUCUCAAUUAGAAUACAAGACGCAGAAUAUGACAUCGGGUACAUUUAAUGUUAUACUAAGUAAAUUGAAAAGUAAUACAUUUUACGACAUCAAAGUCCAUGGAUAUAAUAAAGAAGGCAGUGGAGACAAAAUAAAAAUUUCAGUAAAGACAAAGGAAGAGGAUUCGUCCAAUGCUGUGGUGGUUAUUAUCAUUGUUAUUAUCGUGGUUGUGCUUCUUAUCAUCGUCGGCAUUUUAGUUUUCUACAAAAUGAGAAAAAGCACAAGACAAAGGCAUCGGGAGGAACCAAUGCGUAUGGGUGAAAUGGGUGAGCCUAAAGAAUUUUACAAUCAUGGACAAAAGGAAGAUGAAAUGUCCAGAGGAGAUAACCCACAGAGUUAAAAUGAAGACAAUAUUGAAAAUGAAAAAAAUUGUGUUAUAGAGGAAUGGUGAUAGUUAUUAACUUCGCUUGAAGACUGGAAUAUAAACUAGUGCACAUAUCAGUAAACUUAUUUCAUUGUAGUUA